UCCAUUGUUGAUCCAAGCUGAAUAGGGUGGGACUACACUUUCCCUUGAUACGUUGAUGUCCUUGGGGGCUCAGGAUCACAUUGGCCUUUUUUGCUGCAGCAUAACAUUGUUGACACAGGGUGUUUUAAGAUUCCUAAGUCCCCGUUUCCAAGCUUCAUGCCUCCCAGGCUUUGUGGUUCUUGCCCAAGUGUGGCGUUGUGUUUUUCUCCCUGCUGUAUAAUACUGCCUGCAUGUCUUCCGGCCACUUGAGGCUGGGAGGAAGGCCUGGGUGUGUCUGGCAGCUUUGGCCGCCGGGAUGGAAGUUUUCCGUGGGCGGCAAGGGGCAGGCCCUCCAAGAAACCCUGCCCGCCUGCCUGCCUUCCUUCCUCCUUCCUGCAGCUCCACCAAGCCAGAGCCGAGCCCAAGAGGAGGAGAAAGAAGAGCAGAGAAAAGGAAACAGAGAAGUCGGAAGCCCCUUCGUCCUGCCGCAAGACAUGGCCUCCUUGACCCAAGAGCUGGGCACCGCCUUCUUCCAAAAGCAGCAGUUCCCGGCCUCCAUGGCCGACACCUUCCUGGAGCACCUCUGCCUCCUGGACAUCGACUCCCAGCCCAUCGCCGCCCGGACCACCGGCAUCGUCUGCACCAUCGGUCCGGCUUCCCACUCGGUGGAAAUGCUGCGCGAGAUGAUCAAGGCUGGGAUGAACAUUGCACGGCUGAACUUCUCCCAUGGCUCCCACGAGUACCACGCAAGCUCCAUUGUGAAUAUCCGAGAAGCCACCGAAAGCUUUGCCUCCAACCCGCUCUUCUAUAGACCGAUCGCCAUUGCGCUCGACACCAAAGGCCCUGAAAUCCGCACCGGCCUAGUCAAAGGGGGUGAGAAUAAAGAAGUGGAGCUGGUGAAAGGAUCACGGCUGAUUGUGACCACCGACCCGGCGUUCAAGGAACUGUGUGACCAGAAGACCAUCUGGAUGGAUUACGCCAACCUACCCAAAGUGGUCAAGGAGGGCGGGCGGAUCUUCAUUGACGACGGGCUCAUCUCCUUACUCGUCAAGGAAAUCCGCGCAGAUAGCGUUGUGGUGGAAGUGGAGAACGGUGGGGUGCUGUGCAGCCGCAAAGGGGUCAACCUCCCGGGAGCCGAGGUGGACCUCCCAGCCGUGUCCAAGCGGGACAUCCAGGACCUUCAGUUUGGUGUGGAGCAAGGGGUGGACAUCGUCUUCGCCUCCUUCAUCCGCAAGGCCAGCGACGUGGAGGCCAUCCGGAAGGUGCUGGGAGAACGUGGCCGGAACAUCAAGAUCAUCAGCAAGAUCGAGAACCACGAGGGGGUCAAAAAGUUUGAUGAGAUCCUUGAGGCCAGCGAUGGCAUCAUGGUGGCUCGAGGAGACCUAGGCAUUGAGAUCCCAGCGGAAAAGGUCUUCCUGGCUCAAAAGAUGAUGAUCGGCCGCUGCAACCGUGCGGGCAAGCCGGUUAUAUGUGCCACCCAGAUGCUGGAGAGCAUGGUGAAGAAGCCCCGUCCCACAAGAGCGGAGAGCAGCGACGUGGCCAACGCGGUCUUGGACGGUGCCGACUGCAUCAUGCUCUCCGGGGAGACCGCCAAGGGGGCCUACCCGGUGGAGGCGGUGCGGAUGCAACAUGCGAUUGCCCGAGAGGCCGAGGCGGCCAUGUACCACCACCAGCUCUUCCAAGAGUUGCGCCGCCUGACCCCGCUGAGCCAGGAUCCCACGGAGGUGACGGCCAUCGGGGCCGUGGAGGCCUCCUUCAAGUGCUGCGCGGCUGCCAUUAUUGUCCUCACAACCUCCGGCAGGUCCGCCCGGCUGCUCUCCCGGUACCGUCCCCGGGCCCUGAUCAUCGCCGUGACCCGCAACGAGCAGGUGGCCCGCCAGGCGCACCUCAGCCGCGGCAUCUUCCCCGUCCUGUGGCGCGGGGCCAAGCAGGAGGUCUGGGCCGACGACGUGGACCGCCGGGUGCAGUUCGGCAUCGAGAUCGGCCGGGUGCGCGGCUUCCUCUGCUCGGAGGACGUGGUCAUCGUGGUGACCGGGUGGCGGCCGGGGGCCGGCUAUACCAACAUCAUGAGGGUCCAGCAAGUGCCGUGAACGGAGCGGAAGAGGACUGACCUCUUGUGGGCCAGAGGCAUCCCUUCAUAGAAUUUCGCUGCUUCGAAUCUUCCCAGGAGGCUCAGGCAAAAGCAAACCCCUUUCACGUUGACCAUUGCGUGACCUCUUGACCACAUGCUGUUUCCGUCUAUGUGCAAAUGGUGGAGGAUGCUAUGCCUCUUGUGCCUCUGCUUCCUUGUAUUACUUUACUUACUGAAAUAAAGUGGACAGAGAAACCACA